CUUGUCUUCUUUCCUUCUCUUCCCGCCUAAGCUCACACAGCCAUGAAGAAGAAGCCUUAUCCUUUCGCCUUCGCCUUCCUUAUCCUUCUGGGCUUCAUUUCAUUCUCAGUCUCUUUUCCGGCGCAGAACGACACGUCAGCUUUAACUCAAUUCCGCCUCCAGACGGACACCCACGGCUACCUUCACUCCAACUGGACCGGACCCGACCCCUGCGACGCUGCAUGGCUCGGAGUCCGGUGCUCCACCAACAACCUCCGAGUCGUUGGCCUCUACCUCCCUUCACUCAACCUCCGCGGCCCACUGGACUCGCUGGCUCAGCUGGACCAGCUCCGUCUCCUUGACCUCCACAACAACCGCCUCAACGGCACCGUUUUGCCAUUGGCCAACUGCACCAACCUCAAGCUACUCUACCUCUCAGGGAACGACCUCUCCGGCGAGAUACCGCCUGAGUUUUUCUCGCUUCGGCGACUUCUCCGCCUCGACCUCUCCGACAACAACAUCCGCGGCGUCAUCCCUGUUGGCCUCUCCCGCCUGAGCCGGCUCCUCACGCUCCGGCUCCAGAACAACGUCCUCUCCGGCAAGAUCCCUGACAUCUCAGGCUCCCUCCCCGACCUAAAGGAGCUCAAUCUAACCAACAACGAGCUCUACGGAAAGUUACCAGAAGGUUUGCUCAGAAAAUUCGGCCAGGAAAGCUUUUCCGGCAACGAAGGGGUCUGCGGCUCGUCUCCGUUACCGGCUUGCUCCUUCACCGGAGCUAACAGCCCUCCCUCGGCGGCUUCUUCCGAAACGGUGCCGUCUAAUCCCAGCUCUUUGCCACAAACAAGCAUCAUAAACGAGCCUAAAGUAAAAACAUCAAGAAAAGGAUUGAGUCCUGGUGCAAUAGUAGCAAUUGUGAUAGCUAAUUGUGUAGCCGUUCUCGUCAUCAUUUCGUUCAUUUUGGCUCACUACUGCGCCAGAGACCGAAGCUCGAGCUCUAUUGUGGGGAGCGAAGCGGGGAAGAGGAAGAGUGGGAGUAGCUAUGGGGGUGAAAAGAGGGUGUAUGCUAAUAAUGGGGGAGGUGACAGUGAUGGCACUAAUGCUACUGAUCGGAGUAAGCUAGUGUUUUUCGACAGGAGAAAGCAGUUUGAGCUCGAGGACUUGCUACGGGCCUCGGCGGAGAUGUUGGGGAAAGGGAGCUUGGGGACGGUGUACAGGGCCGUGCUUGAUGAUGGUUGUACAAUGGCGGUGAAGAGGCUCAAGGAUGCUAACCCUUGUGCGAGGAAAGAGUUUGAGCAGUAUAUGGAUUUGAUUGGGAAGAUUAAGCACCCUAAUGUGGUCAGGCUCAGUGCUUAUUACUUUGCUAAGGAGGAGAAGCUUCUUGUCUAUGACUAUAUGCCUAAUGGAAGCUUGCAUUCACUUCUUCAUGAUAAUCGCGGCCCGGGGAGAAUUCCUUUGGAUUGGACUACAAGGAUCAGCUUGAUGUUGGGUGCUGCUCGCGGACUAGCUCGGAUUCAUACAGAGUUUAGUGCUGCGAAAAUUCCGCAUGGGAAUGUGAAGUCUUCCAAUGUUCUACUUGACAAGAACGGUGUGGCUUGCAUUUCAGACUUUGGACUAUCCCUGCUUCUGAACCCGGUUCACGCCAUUGCAAGGCUGGGAGGAUACAAAGCUCCUGAGCAAACAGAGACCAAGAGGCUAUCGCAGACGGCAGAUGUAUACGGCUUCGGGGUUUUGUUGUUGGAGGUUCUCACAGGGAGAGCUCCUUCCAUGUACCCUUCUCCUGCUCAUCCACGGAUGGAUGAGGAGGAGCAGGCGGUGGACCUGCCGAAAUGGGUGAGGUCUGUGGUGAAGGAAGAAUGGACUGGGGAGGUGUUUGAUCAGGAACUUCUUCGGUACAAGAACAUUGAGGAGGAGCUUGUGUCAAUGCUCCAUGUGGGAUUGGCAUGUGUGGUGCCUCAGCCUGAAAAGAGGCCUACUAUGGCUGAAGUGGCUAAGAUGAUUGAGGACAUAAGAGUAGAGAGAUCUCCUCUUGGUGAAGACUACGAUGAUUCUCGCAAUUCGCUGUCUCCUUCAAUUCCCACCACCGAAGAUGGACUAGCUUGAUCGUUCUUGCUGAUCCCCCUAUUGCCUAUUCAUUUCCUGCGCCGUAAAUCUCAGUUUCUGUAGUUCAUCCUCGUUCUCGUUUUGCAUUGUCUCGCUGCGAAUUUCUGCUACUGGUGGCUCGUUCUCAAGCCUUGUUCUUCUUCAGUUGUGCUCUGCCAUGUAAUGUAGUAUCUGUAAGUCCUUGUAUUUCAAAUUGUUGCAGGUGAGGCCGUGAGGAGUUGGAUCAUCUUACAUUCUUACCUACUAGUUUUAAUCGGUUGCUAUUAUGUAAUGUAAUGUAGCUUGUAAUAAUAUGCCUAUGUUUGUCCCUAGUCAAAUUAAAACUUGCGACUUGUAGUCGGCAAAAGCUUUGUCUGCA